CGAGCGGGGAGGGAGGAGGCACCCGCCCCGCGAGCGGGUGCGACCCGCGCGCGCGCGCGAUGGGUGCCGAGUGCUCCGCCAGCAACUGCGGCUGCGACGCGGGGUCGCCCCAUGGUGCGGUCAGCGUCAAGUCCCUGAGCUCCAAGGCGCCAGUCCCGUAUGGUCCCGCUGGCAGCCCAGUGGCAGGCUUGGACGGCUGCGCGCUCGACAUGGGCGACGGCGUCACCGCCUCGUACGAGGGGAGCUGGCGACAGGAGCAGAAGCACGGAGAGGGCAGACUGGUCUUCUCCGACGGGUCCAAGUACGAGGGCCAGUUCCGCUCGGACCGCAAGCACGGCAGGGGAAAGUAUACCUAUGCCAACGGCUCGAGCUACGAGGGCCAGUGGAGCCUCGAUGUGCAGGAGGGCGAGGGCGUCGAGCGGCUUGCGGACGGCUCGCUGUACGAGGGCUGUUUCCUCGCCGGUGACAAGAGCGGGCGGGGCAGGUUCUCCUGGGGCACGGGCCACAGCUACGAGGCCCGGGCCAGCCCCCCGCGGUCGUGGCCCCGCCCUCCCCCCGCGGCGCCGCGCGGCGCUCCAGGAGUUGGCUCCCGACGGUGGGCGCGGGCCACGGGCGGCGCCGGCAACGGGCGGGCUCUCUCACGCGCCGGGCGGGGAUCGCGGGCGGGGGCGCGCAGCGCGCGCGGCGCGCCCUCCCCGAACUUUCGCGGGUACGGCAGGGCCGCCGCGGGCGCCGAGCUGUUGGGGCGCAGCUGUGGCUCGGCUCGG